CUUUUUAAUGAAGGUCAGUCCUUUCUCAAAACGUUGAACGGUCCACAAGUACUCCCGUCUCCACAGGAUCCAUCACACCUUAUCAUCUGAUACUCAGGCCUUUGGAUCUAAAACUUUCCUCCACGCAACCAUGACCUCUUCAGUCUUCUCCAACCUUGGCUUUAUGUGCUCUCUGAAUUUUAUUCUGCUGGUGUUGACUGGUCGGAGCUUGAGCAGUCCCAUCAGCUCUACCGUGAGCCAUCACAGGGCAUCGGCCAGUAGGGAUGUGGGUGACCAUUCGCUUUUUGAUGCACAGGACUUUCUGAGCCAGAUUCUGUCCACACUUAACCUCACGGAGGUGGGGCCCAAGCCGAGGCCCCUCACUGCCCGUAAGGAGCCACCAGAGUACAUGCUGGAGCUGUACAACAGAUUUGCCAAUGACCACACUUCUGUGCCUUCAAGCAACAUUGUGCGCAGCUUCAAGAAUGAAGAUUCCUCCCCAUACAGUUUAACGACCAGAGGUGUCAGGAUAUUUCCUCUACUGUUCAACAUCUCCAUGCCCCACUAUGAGCACAUAACAGCAGCUGAGCUUCGCCUUUUCACCCUGGUCCAGAAGGCCCAAAGACCGUUCCCUGGCCUUGACUGCAAGGUGACCAUUUACAAAAUACACGAGGGCGUCGUUUGGACAGAAGAGGUGGGGAAAGAAGGGAGAAGGAGGAACAAAGAAAAGGUGGCGCAGACGAUGGAUUUGGAGGAACUGAUGACAACGCAUAUUCGUGCCAAACAUAACAACUGGGUGUCAUUUGACCUGACACAUGUGGUUACUCUCUGGCAGAAAUCGGGGUGUGCAACUCACAGACUGGAAGUCCAUGUGGCAGGUCUGGUUUCAGUGGAAGAAGGGGAGGCCACACAAGAGGUCAGAGAGGAGAGUAAAAAUUUGGUUGAGAUUGAUAUUGACCGGAGCACGGAUGGAAAACAAAAUGCAGUCAUGAUCGUGUUCUCAGAUGAUCAGAGCAAAGACCACAAAGAGGAUAAAAAAGAGCUCACUCAGAGGAUUGAGCGCGAGAAUGACCUUCCUGGAAACAUGGGCCGGAGCCAACAAACUUUCUGGGGGCAUUUGAAUCACAAAACUGGCCACGCAAACCAGGAUGACCUGGACAAGCAGUCACUCGUGCAACUGCAGUCCAACCUUAUCUAUGACACACCUCCCCGAAUCCGUCGCAAUGUUAAGAGCGCGCCAUGCAAGAGGACCCCACUCUUUGUGGAUUUUAAAGACAUUGGCUGGGACACCUGGAUCAUCCAGCCUCUGGGCUAUGAGGCGUACGAGUGCAAUGGCGUGUGCAGCCCUCCUAUGACCUCCGAAGUCUCGCCCACCAAGCACGCCAUCGUGCAGACUCUGCUGAGUGUUAAGAGUCCAGAAAGAGCAUCGCGUGCCUGCUGUGUACCCACUAAACUGGAGCCCAUAUCACUUCUUUAUCAUGAUAACGGCGUGAUCACUUUCAAUCACAAGUACGAGGGAAUGGUGGUGGCAGAGUGUGGGUGCAGAUAGUCCUGAAAGUGCUGCUUCUGCUGCUGCUACACAGAGACUGCACAUUGCACACGUCUUCUCCUGUGCUAGUAUCCACAAUAUCUAAGAUCUCAUACAGUGGUGUGCGUAUGAACACAGUUCUGGACCUAGUUGUGAAUGAGUGAUGGACACAAGUUGUGUGCUUAAUGUAAAUGGGCAAUUGUAUAAUUGUAUAGUGGCUUGAAAAAGUAUGUGAACCCUUUGGCAUUUUCUGCACAAUGUAAGAAUUUAAACUAUUUAAACAUUCACAGUAAUGAUGGGGGAAAGUAUGUGGACCCUUGGACUUAGUAACUUGUUAAAUCUUCAUUAAUAGCCUCAACCAAGUGCUUCUGGACCUGCACAUUAAACUAUUCUUCAGAAUAGCUUCAGCUCACUAAUGUUUUUCAUUUGUCUGAGAUUGUUUGAGGACAUUCCAUAGCAUCUAUGCUGGUCUGGUCUAUUGUCUUUAGUUAAAGCGACUGAAUGAACGUGGAUUCACUUAAGUGUCCUUUGUCCUAUGACAUUUUUAUGUUGGUAUGCAAUGACAUUUUGAUGCCAUAUGUAAGUCUGUGAGUUCUUCCCAAACAAUCCCACCUUGGUUUCAUUAGGCCAUAAAAUACUUUUCCCAGAAGCAGCAGUGGCUUCCUAAUGGACACCCUGCAUGUUCAGUGUUUUGUGCCAGGAGGUAAGCAUUAAUCCUUGGAGUCUUCUUGACUGGUCGCCCACUUCUGGGCAGAACAGCAACAGUGCACAAUAAAUUGUCUCCAUUUAUAGACAAAUUGUCUUCGUGACGACUUUGGAACCCUUACCAACUUCAUAGAAAUCAACAACUCUUAAUGGUAGGUCUUUUUGUAAGGCAUGGUUCACAUUCUUGUGAAGAACAAAAUCAAGAUGUUUAAGUGUUUCUUAUCAGCCAAAGUAGUUCUUAAUCACACCUCCAAACUUAUUUUGGAAGUCAUUAGUCUAAGGGUUCUCUUACUUUUUGUGUAAAACUGUUUAAUUGUUUGUCUGUUAUUAGCUCAGACACAUUGUGUUUGUUGAUAUUUGUGAGUUAGAUGAAGAACAGAUUGCUUUUUAUGACAAAUUUAGUCAGAAACCGGAAAUUACAAAGGGCUCACAUACUUUUUAGCCACUGCAGUGCAGUUUUUACAUCAGUAGAGAAUGUAAAGCUUUCAUAGUACUGCUGCAAAUCUUCUUAAACUGUCUGUUGCGAUAUAUGAUAAGUAUUCGGUGAGUGUAUGUAUAUUACAGUGUAUUUAAAACAGAUUCCAUAAUUCAUUCAGUAACAGAUCGUACAUCACACAAGGUGAACAAAAAGCACCUGUAGCAAAUAUCUGAACAUUCUACUAAAUAUGUCUGCAUUAUUAAAGUGAGUCAGAAGGUUACAUUCAGCAGCAAUUAGUCUGUAAUAAAAACAAGGUAUAUGUCGAAAUGCAUGUGAGAUAAUAAGAUAUUAUUAUAUAUUAUUAAAGAGCAGUGAUUCAAGGUGCAGAAUCAGGAGCUUAUGUUAUUUCAGUAUUUCACGCUGUAUCUUUUUGUGUGAAUAGUCAUCACAGAUCUUUCUCCAAAAAAACCCAAAAACCUUCCUGUGAUAUGUUUUAUUUUGGCAGAAAGUCCUAAUACAGAAGUUAAGAGGCCUUAACUUCUAGAAGAUCUAGAGUAGCUACCAUAUCACAACAAGUUGCACCAUUGUUCUUAUGUUUUUUUUUUUUAAUUCAAAACUCAAAACUCUCUUCAAUUGAAUUGUAAUUGGCCAGUGAUGCUACAAUUCUAUAUAAGUUUGUUUUUGUGCCCUGUUGCAUGCCGGAGCCAUGGAGAUGACUUCAAGACUGACAUUUCUCCCUUUUUAUGCUUGCGGGAAAAUCUAUUUUUGAUGGCUUUUGACAGGAGAGGAUUCUCGCUAUGUCUUGGGGCUCCUCUGAACCUCUUUUUCUCAAAAAAUUUAUAGAUUUCUAACACUGCAGUUAAUUACUGUAAAAUCUGUCUCUCAUAUCCAUACCCUGCUGCUUUUGGUUCUCACAUUUAUGUCAU